AUGUACCCCAUACUUCGGCCAUGCAGGAGAGAUGCUUGCAACUUGCAUUGUAUGUCUUCAAACAUCCGUUUCUUGGUGGCAGCUGCCGCUUUGGUGGCGGUUUCAUAUUCUUUGUGGAAUCUAGAUCCACCUCGCCGCAAAAAGAACCCACUCUUGCGGCCUAAAACUCGCGGUGUGGUCUCCUUGAUAGGCAAUACACCUUUGAUCGAAAUCCCAUCUCUCUCGAAAUUGACAGGAUGCAAGAUUUACGCAAAGUUGGAGCUCAUGAAUCCUGCGGGAUCGGCCAAGGAUCGUGUUGCCCUUGCCAUCAUUCGCGAGAAUGAGAAAUUGGGAAAGUUGGUGCCCCAUAAUGGAGAUCUCAUUUUCGAGGGAACGUCAGGAUCUACUGGAAUUUCGUUCACUGUGUUAGCAAAUGCUUUGGGGUACAAAGCUCACAUCUGCCUCCCCUCAGAUACUUCUCCUGAGAAGAUCCAGCUUCUCACCUCAUUGGGUGCAGUGGUCGAGCCAGUAAAACCGGCGCCAAUUGUAGACCCCGAGCAAUAUACUAAUAUGGCACGUCGUAGAGCCGAGGAAGUGGCGAACAACCCAGAGGAUAAACGAAACGCUAUAUUUGCUGAUCAGUUCGAAAAUGACUUCAACUGGAGAAUUCACUAUGCCACAACUGGUCCCGAAAUCUGGGAACAGAUGGACCACGACAUCGAUUUCUUCAUCACGGGCUCUGGUACGGGUGGCACUAUUGCUGGUGUGUCCAGAUUUUUGAAGGAGAAAAACAAGGCAUUGAAGGUUGUCCUCGCCGACCCUCAGGGUUCUGGCCUCGCCAACCGUAUCAACUACGGUGUCAUGUAUGACUCUGUUGAAAAGGAGGGUACACGCAGAAGACAUCAGGUAGACACCGUGAUCGAGGGUGUGGGCCUCAAUCGACUCACUUGGAACUUCCAACAUGCGGAGAAGUAUAUAGAUUAUGCUGAACGAGUCACGGAUGAGGAGGCUCUUCUGAUGGCCAAAUACCUUUCGGUCAACGAGGGUCUCUUCUGGGGCCCUUCUGCUGCAAUUAAUUGCGUGGCGGCUGUAAAAGCAGCUCUUCAGCAUGGACCCGGGCAUAACAUCGUGGUUAUCGCCUGCGAUUCUGGUGCUAGACAUCUUCUGAAAUUCUGGAAGAAUGCCGCCGAUGCUCCAAUUUUUAAACUAGAAGAUUACAAUCCUAAGUAA